AUGUCCGCCUUCUGCCUGGGCUUGGCCGGCCGCGCUUCAGCACCCGCCGAGCCGGACAGCGCCUGCUGCAUGGAGCUGCCCGCCGCGGCCGCGGACGCAGUCGGGAGUCCAGCCGCCGCCGCCCUCAUCUCCUUCCCGGGGGGGCCCGGGGAGCUGGAACUGGCGUUAGAGGAGGAGCUGGCGCUGCUGGCUGCCGGGGAAAGGCCGUCCGACCCUGGGGAGCAUUCUCAGGCCGAGGUCGGGCCUCCGGCCGAGGGGUCCGUACUGCAGCCGCCACCCGCCCAGGAUCCCGAGCUGCUGUCGGUAAUCCGGCAAAAGGAGAAGGAUCUGGUGUUGGCUGCCCGGCUGGGCAAGGCGUUGCUCGAGAGGAACCAGGACAUGAGCCGGCAGUACGAGCAGAUGCACAAGGAGCUGACAGACAAGCUGGAGCACUUAGAACAAGAGAAACACGAACUGCGAAGACGAUUUGAGAACCGAGAAGGGGAAUGGGAAGGGCGUGUGUCAGAGCUGGAGAGUGACGUGAAACAGCUUCAGGAUGAGUUGGAGAGGCAGCAGGUUCAUCUGCGGGAAGCAGAUCGAGAAAAAACACGGGCCGUCCAGGAAUUAUCAGAACAGAACCAGAGGUUAUUGGAUCAACUCAGCAGGGCAUCAGAAGUUGAGAGACAACUCUCCAUGCAAGUCCAUGCCCUCAGAGAAGACUUCCGGGAGAAAAACUCCUCAACCAACCAGCACAUCAUCAGGCUUGAAAGCCUUCAGGCUGAGAUCAAGAUGCUGUCGGAUCGGAAACGGGAGCUGGAGCAUCGUCUCAGUGCCACCUUAGAGGAGAAUGACCUGCUCCAGGGGACUGUGGAGGAGCUACAGGACCGGGUGCUGAUUCUGGAGAGGCAAGGCCAUGACAAAGACCUACAGCUGCAUCAGAGCCAGCUGGAGCUCCAGGAGGCACGACUCUCCUACCGACAGCUGCAGGUGAAGGUAGACGAGCUCACGGAGGAGAGGAGCCUGCAGAGCUCCGCGGCCACCAGCACGUCCCUUCUGUCCGAGAUAGAACAGAGCAUGGAGGCCGAGGAGCUGGAGCAAGAGAGGGAGCAGCUGAGACUGCAGCUCUGGGAGGCCUAUUGCCAAGUUCGCUAUCUCUGCUCGCACCUCCGGGGGAAUGACAGUGCUGACUCGGCCGUCUCCACGGACUCCUCGAUGGACGAGUCUUCAGAGACUUCAUCUGCCAAGGAUGUGCCGGCCGGCAGCUUGCGCAUGGCCCUGAGCGAGCUCAAGAGGCUGAUACAGAGCAUCGUGGAUGGCAUGGAGCCCACGAGCUCCCGGAGAAUUGACGAUGACUCCUUAGAAGAACAGAUAAGGCAGACCAGUGAGGACUCAAGAGCCCUAAGGGAACUCAUGGAGGGAGAGAGGGGUAAACUGAGGCAAAGCCUAGAGGAGCUGCAGCAACUCCACAGUCAGGUGACGCUGCUGAGUGUGGAGAUGACUGCACUGAAGGAGGAGAGAGACCGACUCAGAGUGACAUCUGAGGACAAGGAGCCAAAGGAGCAGCUUCAGAAGGCCAUCCGGGACCGCGACGAGGCCAUUGCAAAGAAGAAUGCUGUGGAGCUGGAACUCACCAAGUGCAAGAUGGACAUGAUGUCUCUGAACAGCCAGUUGCUGGAUGCCAUUCAGCAGAAACUGAACCUCUCGCAGCAGCUUGAGGCUUGGCAGGACGACAUGCACAGGGUCAUUGACCGGCAGCUGAUGGACACGCACCUGAAGGAACAGAGCCGGCCUGCUGCUGCCCUCCCCAGGGCCCACGGCGCGGGGCGUGGGGACGAGCCCAGCACCGCCGAAGGCAAGCGGCUCUUCUCAUUCUUCAGGAAAAUUUAGGUCGGGAGGAGUCAGGCCAGCAGGGAUGGGUACACUGAGGGGACUGAGCGUGCGAGGCCCCAGCAACACCAUGCUUGCACACGAGGGCUCCCCUGGGCCAGCUCAGCGGCCGCACUGCCCACCCACACUGGGGCCCAGUCAUCCAGAAGAGCCCAUGCGGCCUCUGAUGGCUGCCCUCGACAGAGGGACAGGCAGGACCCCUGUCCCUACUGCCAGGCCACGCCUGGCCUAGGCUGCCCCCGGAUCCUGCUGCCCCAGGAGCGGCCCCUUGGGCUCUGCCACGCAGACGCAGAUGAUCAUGGCCCACCCCGCCCACCCCUCGGGGGCUCCCCCAUCCCACCCCAGGCACUGCCGCCCUCCUAUUUUGGAAUACGGGGAACAGAAGGAAUGGAGGCCAUCUCUGCGUGCCUCAGGAAGCCGUCAUGGCCCCCGGCUGGCCUGUGCUGUGGGGAUGGGGGUUACUAGUCCUCUGGGACAGCAGGUCCAAGGCUGAGCCUCCUCUGGCCCAGAAAGGAAGGGGGAGGCGGCUCCUCACCCACGUGCAUGCACCUCUGCCUGGAGCACCUCUGCGGCAGGAGGCCGGGCCUGCGGGGCCUGACCAGCCGGGGCUGUUCUCUUGCAUUCGGCCACCGCUGGGCUCUCCGGGGGCUUGACUGUUGCCAUCCCAAGGUCAGGAGGAAGAAGGGCCCUGCCCUACCCCCCAUCCACUCUCCGCUGCCACUGUUCUCCCUCCCUGGCCUCAGGGCCGCCGGUGUUUUCAUGGGCCCCUCUGCGGGUGUCAGCCCUCCAGUCCUUGCCUCCUCACGGCCGGAGCGGGGUCUGCUCCUCCUCCCACGGCCCCCGGUUCCCCUCACACAUACAAGUUCUUGGCUCGGCCAAGGGAGUCCAGGCCACAGAAUGGCCCCCGAGGGGUCUGCGGUCAGCCACUUCCAGCUCGAGGGCAGCACUGGCACCACAGGGCGGAUGCCACCAGAUACUGCCCCCCAGGCCUGUGGAAGGCUGAAUCCUGCAACCUGCUGCUUCUGCUCCUUCCUCAGCAGCCACCCCACGCGCUCUGCUGAGGCCCUCCCUCAGAGGCCCCCGGGCUGAGCCAGCCCGCACGCUGCUUUACCAAGGAUCAUCUCCCUCCCUCACAUGGGAAAAGCACAGCAGGGAUGAGCGGCAAGAAUGUACCUAUAGAUAUGUACAUACCACAGUGCUGUAAUUUUGUAUGUAGCAAUCCUGUAAAUACAUGUACGGAUUUUAUAAUAUACAUAUUCUAUAUAAAUCUAUAAAGGCAUAUUUUUAGAAAAACAGCACACCACUGCUUCUUUUGAAAAUAGUCAAAGAAUAAAAUGAAUUUCUACAGAG